UCAUUUACAGAUACAUAUACAGAUACAGAGAAACAAGUGAGGUGCCCCCUGGGUAAUGCUGCUGCCUAUGCAUGCCCCUCCCUGCACCUCUCCCUCUGAGGCCCUCACUGUAACACUUCCAGCUGAGACCCAGGCAGCAGAAGGAAUAACAAGCACAUGAAACCAUUACACACUAUCUCUUUGGCAUUUGGACCAGGCUGAGGUACAGCGAGAGGAAGCAGGAUGUCCAAUAACAUGGCUAAGAUUGCAGAUGCUCGCAAGACAGUGGAACAGCUGAAACUGGAGGUCAACAUUGAAAGAAUGAUGGUGUCCAAAGCAGCAGCUGAUCUAAUGGCCUUCUGUGAGGCUCAUGCCAAGGAGGACCCGCUGGUGACACCAGUGCCAUCCUCUGAGAACCCCUUUCGGGAGAAGAAAUUUUUCUGUGCAAUACUCUGAUCCCCACACUUAUAACUCCAAGUUUUGUGUCAUUAUUAGCAAGAAUUAAUUGCCAGUUCUAAGGAAUACAUCUGAUAGUAACAGUGAAGAACACUUGAAAAUGUUGGUUUUGUUAUGCCUAGUCAGGGUGAUGAUUUUGUAUUUAAAAACCUGUAUAGUAAAUGCUUUAAAUAUUUAUCUGGAUUGAUCUGAUUGACUGAAAUAAACAUUAUUGAUGAU